CCCACCAUGAUCUCCGUUUGGUUUCCCCUUGCCUUAUAACUAUUUAAAUACAUUUUACUAUCUUCGGAUUCCUUGCUCAUUUCACUUCACCUGGCUGGGCAGGUCUGCACGGGCUCAAGGGUUAGCUCCUCCACUUUUAUUGUUUUAUUUUUUUAACAGUCAUCGUUUUUAUUAAAAUAAUCAUGUUCAGAGGAAGAGUCCGACACACAUAAAUAAUGAGAACUGCUAAUAGUAAGCAGGCUGCUCUAAAAUGUGCUGGGGCUUUGACUUAAGGGAAGAAAGCACAGCGCUGCAUUGUUCCUAUCAGGAAGCUGGAGCACAGAAGACUUAACAGGCCUGUUGGCAGGAUGGGGCAUUUGGAGGACAUUGGGAAAGGCAGUCCGGAGACCGGCUGGAAAUAACUGUUGGGUCUUUGCCACUGAACCAGAAAGGGAAAGGUAGAGACGCUUGUAGUCUCUGUUCCUCCCGUUUUUCUGCAUGUGAGGUCUUCAUCUUCCAGUGUUUGAAGCUUUGUGAUCUGAGCUGGAAAGGUAAGCGUUUCAGCUGGGGCUGCAAGAGGUUCACCUCCUUUGAGGAAAGGACACAGCAGGAUACAGAACACCCAGUCAUUAGCUAGAGUUCGCUUAGGAUCAAAAAAAUGCUGAAGGUCAGAAACAUCCUGGGACACUACUUCAGUCGUAUCAACAUCACUGGACAAUUUCUACCUCCUCACUAAAGAUGGUCAGAAAAGCCAAAUACAAGUAUGAGAGUGAGUUCUAAAAACAAGCAGCAAAAUUAUAAGGCAGAGAAGAAAGAUUCCUUCAGCUAUUUUGUAAAAUGAGUCAAUGUGCAGCAGCACCAUCUGGAAGAAUUGCUCUGUGCUUGUGAAUUGCAAACAGCUGGGUCUGCCUCACAAAGUCACCUGCAUAUUCAACACCUGAAAUUAAUCCUUUGGAUACUUCACCCAUGACUCUCAUGAACAAUGCAGGGAAAUAAGAAACACACAGAAGGACAUAGUGAUUCCUCAAGUAUUGGGAGUCUUCUGGAUGACACAGACAGAGAGGUGAGCAGCCUCACAGAUCGGGCUUUCAAAAGUUUGUGUGUAGCAGAACUCGAAGACCCUUACAAUGAACCAGAACUUUCCAUUUCACCUGACUUUGCCCUCCAGUUGUCUGCUAAAAUUCACUCAGGGACAUUAAACCAUGACAUCAAGAAAGGCAAUGUCUGUGACAAGCUAACAGCAAGGAACAAUGAACAUACUAUAUGGGCUUCCACAUUCCAGCGGUUACCGAAGUAUGCUUCAGAGGAGAACUGGAUUGCUAAAAACAACACCUUUGCCACAGAAAAGAAAGCAAAUUUGCCAGUCCCUGGUCCAAGAAAUAAUAAGCAUGUUUCAAAAGUGUCCUCAUUGAUUAAGACAUUUGAUAAGACUGCAGACCAAGGGUCAGGAAGUUCUCUGAUAGCAAAUAAACAGCCCAUUAAGAAUAGCUUUCAAAAAUAUAAAAUAAAUCAUGGCAAUGACAUUGCUUCCUGGGAUGAUACAGACAUUUUAAGCAUCCACAAGGAACUUUCUGAAUCUUCUAAGGCUAGUCAAGGUAGCCACUGUCUCAGUGGCAAACAUGAGCCACAGAGAAGACCUAAUAAAAUAGACCUGAGUUAUGGGGAUUCUGAUGGUUAUUAUCCUGUGCUGAUCGAGAUGUCAAAAGUAGCCAAGUCAAAUUUUUCCCAUUCUUCUAAGAAGGCUUUAAAAAACAGAAACUUGAAAGUUAGUGAGCCAGCAAAAAAAGGUAGUUUUCUUCACAGUGAGAAUAGUGCUUUUGAAUCAUGGAAUGUUCAUAAUAAAAAAUUGACAGAAAAGGAGGAAUUUGUUGACACAAAAAUGAAAAAGGAAGGUCUUACAUGCCUGGAAGAAUCACCAUUUGUUAAAGUACCCCAGACAUGUGAAUAUAGAUUGUCACCUGUCAUAACCACUCUUGCUAAGAAGGAAGAGAAUGAUUUUCAGAUGAUGCCAACUCUACAAGAAGCUUCUUUCUCUCUCCGAGUUGUACCUCAGGGUCUUCUCCCUCCAGAAACCAAAUUUCCUGCUGCUUUCCCUCCCACACCUCCCCCUAGGAACCAUGUACACCAGGGUCCCCCUCGGCCACUCCCCUCCCCACCAGCUCUCCCUCUCCCACCCCCCUCCCGGCCCGGCCAUCCCCCAACACCCCCUACCCCUGAAGCUCCUCCUGUGCCACCACCCCCAGUGCCAGCUCGGCUUUCCCCCACUGCCUUGUCCCAAGCCUCUGUGUCACCCCAGUCUGUGUCCUGUAGGAUGGUUUCACCCUCUCUCAGGUUUGAGACACCCAGUCCGCCUCCACCAAAACCCCAGGCCACCGUAACUGAAGAGGAGUCCCACAGCCCCCAGCCGGGCGAUACCUGCCCACCCUGGAGGAGACAGAGGGCAGCAGGGAAGAGACGGGCUGCAAAGGACAAGGUCACAGGCAGCCACAAGACCUCAUGGUCUGAAAAGGUGGCCGGUGCUGACCCUGGUCAGCAUGUGAUUCCUCUGGCUAAACAGGCACACUCCCCUGGACCCAUCAGUCCCUCUUUCAACAUCACCGAACUCCUAACGCCUGUCAUACCGCCAAAACAGGAGGUGGACGCUGUUGAAAGUGAGCUGAUCCCACUGACAGCUCCUCCCACAGAGAGCACAGCCUCAAGAGACCAAGAGGAGAGCACUUUAGACGAUUACAGGUCUUGGGAUAGUUACAGGUUGACAGCAUCAAGUCUGUUAUUUAACUUAAAGGAUGUGCGCAAACGUGUUAAAAGCAUUUAUACCCCUUCUCCUCUGUUAAGGGCCUUGGAGGAGAAAAAUAAAACUAGGGAAAAUAUGGAGGAGAGUACAAAAAUGAAUGCCUCAUUCUCAACUUUGCACGACAAAAGUGAGAAAAAUAUUACAGAGAAAGAUGAAUUGAGUGAUAUAGCUUAUGUAUUGUCUAGCAGUGUUCAUGAAAAGGACAGUAAAACUGAUUUAACUGGACGCUUCACAGGUAACCACCUGACUUUGAGUUCACCCCAGACAACAGAAGACCUUCCAUUUUACCAAACUGGAGACAACAUGCAUCAAGACAAUUCAAAACACCAAGAUCUGGUUAAAAACGCAGAGGAUAAUGAAAAUUUCCCCUCGUUCAGACAUGAAUCAAAUGAACCUGAUUUAGGAAAAUACCAGCAGCAUCCAGCACAGAGACCAUUCAGUAGAGACAAUGUAGAGACAAAAGCUGGACAGCCUGUGCAAAAUCACAGUGUCCAGGGUGAGGAAAAUGAAAGACAAGCUACUAUUCAGAAUGAAAAUGUUGCCUUCAAAACACUCUUAAACCAACUCUCACCAGAAGAAAAUGAACCUUACAGUGGCACCCAAACCAACGUUGUGGUAUCCGGCCAUGAAGCACGAGACAAAAGAAGCACUAGUUCUUCAGAGCAAUCCUUUGUCUCCACAGUGGAGCAGCCACUUCAGGAAGAGCCAUUUCUGCCCGUGCCCCUGAUGGAGCAGAUGUGCCUCCAAGAAAGCCAGAGGACUGACAGUGAAAUGGGUUCAGAAAGUAAGAAAAGACACAAGGAGAGAGGGAAAGAGGUUGGGGAAGAUGAAGAGCAAUAUUGUGCUUGUAUCAGCCCUGGUACUGGUACAGCAGAGAAGAGGGAGGGAAGUGUUACUGGGAAUGAACAGAGGAGCUUGAUGAAGGAGAAACUAGGGAGAGAGAAAAGAGAAGAGGCCAACAGCACAAAUUCUGCAUCUGAUGGUAUGAGAGACAUGUUCAUCCCCAGGUCUGAGGAACCACAAACACCAUCAUCUUCAAGCUCAACCAAACCCAGUCUGUUUAUGAUUAAAGAUAACACAUUCAGGUCGCCUCAGGUAAUAAAGGCUGUCAAGCUGCCCCUACUCCGGUCAUUUUCCUUGGAUGAUACAGUGAGCAGCAGUUAUAAGGAAAUGGAACGUAAGUUUAUGUCCCCAGCAGUUUACAACAAGCAGCACCGAAACAUGUUGCAUGCCCAGGAGGCUGGCUGGUGGGCAUCAAGGCACAGAGGGCAGCAGAAUGUGAGAGAUGGAGCAAUUGACAAAGAAAAGGAAGCCAGUGAGCCUGGAUCUACUUCAGUAACACUGGAUCCCAGUCUUCUGGAAGAUACAGAGAGCUUUUCAUUUGGAAAGCUGACAGAAGAAGAUGAAAAGACUUGUGAGUUGUUAAAUAAAUUUGGGAAAAUGAAUGAGGAAAGUGUCUGUAGAAGUAAAAAGAAGCCAAUGAAGGCAAGACACAGCUUAGCACAGCCAAUUAUAGGUCUUGAUAAUGACCAAGCACAAAACAACCCCAGCCAUCCUUCAGAAAGAAAGACAAAUUACUUUAAGAAUCAUCAUUUGUCUAACCGCAAAGGGGGCUCUUGUGCAAAAAAAAUAAUCACUAGGGAGACAAUUUCCCCUGUGCCCGGCUCCAUAUUAGAGGACCACACAUGUUCUUCUGUAUCCAAUGAUACUUUGGAGGACAUCCUGCACACAGAAGGUGCACCUGUUUUGUUAGACAAUCUUUCAUGCUCUGCUGUUACAAGCCCCAGGUCAGGAAGCACGAUGCACUCUCUUGCUGCCAGUUCAUUUUCAGACAAACCAAGUACUUCUGGCCUUCAAGAGACAGAGGAUGUUACAAAUCCUGCCUUGUUGAACAUGGCACUAGAGAGGCAAGCUUAUAUGCCUGCAGAAGAGAGAAUCGAUUUUGCACAGAGGAAUCUGCUUUUUGAUGUUCCAGGGGAAGAUGGGAGACUGGAGCCCAGGGGACUUGGUGGGAGACCGGCAGGCAAGCCACCCACUGUGCCACCAAAAACAGAAAAGGCUCUGCGUCGGGCUAAAAAGCUGGCAAACAAGAGGAAAAAGGUGCAAGAGCAGCAGAAAAACCAUCAGACUGAGCACACAGAUGCUAUAGGGAGAAAAUCUACUCACUCUGGAGAGACAACAGUACCUGCUUCACCCUUAGGAUAUUCUCCCUUUCAUCCUCCCCUUCACUCAACUUUUACUCCCACAGAAACCACUGGGAAAUCUAGACUUGCACCAGCAGCAAGUUCUUCACCCUCUUCAACCCAGCGGAAACUCCUCCAAGACCCUGACUCUGGUCAAUACUAUGUAGUUGAUUUACCAGCCGAAGUUAAUUUAAAGACAUUUUAUGACCCAGAAACUGGCAAAUAUGUUCAAGUCUCAGUCCCUUCUUUGGAACAGAACUUACACCAGUCUGCCUCUUCAGAAAUUAAGAAUUCUCCCUAUGCCUCCUACCCUAGAGUGCUGCCUUUACCAGCCUCAUCGGUAGCAGUGCUGAAAUCACAUUCUCAACUCUCUGAACCUGCCUGGUCAGUGCCCGCUGGACCAGAACCAGCUGAACUACCUGAAGAUGACCAGCAGGACUACAGAUACACUGAGUCUGUGGAUACUCAGCCCUACACUGAACCAGCCUCCUACCCCUACCAUCAAGAUGCUGGAGAAACUCAAGUUCACUUAGGAAAGGAUGUGAGCCCAGCCCAACAUCCUGGCAUUGUCACCCUCACCAAUUUAGAUGAUUUUGCUGCUGAAGGAGUAUCUUGAAAACUGAAGUAACAAAACAUGCCAGCUAGUGUUUUUAAGAACUGUUUGGACAGACAUAUGCACAAAAAAGCACAUGCAGAUUUGAUAUUUGUACAACACUUUGUCUGAAUCUCAUUGUGGUUUGGGUUGGAAAGGAAACAAAAGCUGUUCAUGUUGAAAGAUGCAAGGUAAUGACCACUCUGAAGAAAAAAGAAAUUGAGUAAGCACCAAAUUAUCAGUGAGAUGAAGGGGCAAUGCCAGCUAGACAAAUACAUUUGACAAUGUGAAGCCACUGCUUGCUGCUGCUGCUGCUGCUUUGUCAUUAAGAAGGCUGGGAUAGCCAAAGCAAGUGUCCUACUGCCCAGAUGUGUUGCAUGAUACAUGACACAAAAUAAAACCUGUGAGACCAUCCUAUGCAUCCUAUGAGACCUGGAACUGAUGCUGCAUCUACUGAACUUUCCUCACUCACUGCCUUUGAACUAUAUUGACAUGUAGAAAGUAUGUGGCUACAAAUAUGCCAUAUAUGCAAGAUCAGUUUUUUGCACUCAUUGAUUGCCCUGAUGUCAUUGACAAGAAUAUUGUAUACUGGAUGCAUGAUGCAACAGCCAUAUUAAAAAAAAAACCUUUUAAACAACCAGAAUACUGUUGCAGCUGCUCUAGACUUCUCAUAUACUUCUGCAAUGCCCACUAACAUGCUGCUGAAUCCUUUAUAUUUCUUGAUAACAUCCAAAUAGGUUCCCCCAGAGUCAGGGUUUAUUUAUAAUGCAACUUAAAACUUCAGGUUAUCUUGAUACUUGGCCUGAAAUAUUUUGAUGAGAAGCAGGUUGAAUGAAAUCCCACCACAGUAUUUAAUUGUUUGUUAGGACAAAACGUUCUUCGCUAUUGUAAUUGAAAUGUAUUUUGUUUUGUUUUCAGGCUCCCACUGAAACAUGGAACUAACUUUUAAAACCUAAAAAACGUACCUAAGUUUGAUCUUGUGAAUUCUGUGAUUUAAUACAAACGAACUAUUCAGAACGCCCAAAGUAUUAAUGUCUAGAAAAGUGCUUCUUUGAAUUAUCACUUUUCUUUGAAAGACCUGUAUGAAAAUAUCAUCCCUGCAUAAGCUCUUUUUUAUCAUCAUAGUUACUGAGGAAACCUAGGUGAAAAGAUGGAAAAAUUGAAUGUAUUGUGCCUGAUUGUAAAUAUCUAUAUUCGGCUAUUGGCCUAGUUUUUUCUGUCUCAUGUUCAUACUCUCUUCCCUAGUUACAACUGAAGUGCAGAAGCUCUAAGAAUUAUGCCAGUGACACACAGGCAAAUUUUACAGGAAUUUUUUUCAGUGAAGCAGCUCUUGAUUUCCUGAAAAGACAGGGAUGAAUCAGGCCUUUUGUUAAUGAAUACAAUGUGGAGACAGGACACAGGCACUGCUCCACUCUCCCAGUGCUAAUAUUUAUGACAGAGCUUUUCUUCAGUAAAUUUCCCAGGAGUGAAGCCUCUCUUGGGACAUAGACCCACUCUGUGGUUUUUCUCCUUCCUUAAUCUGAAUUCAGCUCUCAGCCUUUCUCCAUUCCUGACAAGGGCCAUGUGUUCACAACCUGUCCUGGUCCCACCAGACAGUUCCUUUCAUCAGUGCCACUUACUGAAACAUUUCUCUUAGACAAACACUAAGGGCAUCACUUCAUUGAUUACAGUGGGGUUUGCCUUUAGCCUUUAAUGAUUUUCUAAGGUUCAUUUCACCUCUUAGGCAUUUUGUGAUUUGGUAGGUUUGAUUGCAGCAGAGGUGUGGGUUGGAAAUGAAGAAGCUUGUACUGGUAUGGUUUGGGUUUUAAGCAUAUUCAGCCAAAUGCUCAUAUUUGAAUAAACGUUUAUUGUUCAGUUUUCCAUCCUGGAAGGUUUUCAACACCUGACUGAAUAAAAUCCUGAACAACCUGGGCUGUCCUCAGAGCUGACCCUCCUUGAGCAGGGGAUUCACCCAGAAUUCUCCUGAGAUCAGCCUGAAAUAUCCUGUGAUCUUGUUCUGAAAACAUUAAAAUUUAAAUGAACUUUGGCUUGGAACUCACAAAUGCAGUCUCCCCUGAGAUAAAGCACAUUUUGAAAGAUUUGGGGUUUUUUUUAACUGAAAAUCAAGAGCUUUUCAGGAACAAGAAUUCAUUUUCAAGUUGGUAAAUUAAGGGAAGUGGCUCUUACUGUAAACACUUCUUUUAGUCACAAAUAUUUUGUAAACUGAUGGUGCUAUUCAUGUUGCACUUCUCUGUUGCUGUCACUCUAUACAGCAUAAUGUCUAUCCAGUAUAGAGCAGCAUCUCAUCCACAUGUUAAAAUACAGAUAAAUAGAUCCAUUAGAGUUUUCCAUGGUGCAUUUAGACAAAACCUAUGAAAUCUUAAAGCCUAUCAGAAUGCACAAGCUUUUUUUUUUUUUUU